CCCCAAUUAACUUCAAGCCCAAUUAAAUAGGUAACUUUAAGAUCCAUCGUCUUCUUCGAUGCGAUUUCUUCCCCAUCUCUGAAAACUCCAUUGUUCAAGCAAUUAAUGGCCUUUUCUCCAUAUACAGGUUUCUGACAUUGCUGAAACGCGAAUUUGAAGUAGCUGCUGAAGUUGAAGCAGUUCCUGAAUUUUGCAAUUUUUUGGUAGUAAAAAGUAAUACAGAGAUUAAUGGCGGAUUUUGCGACUUCGACACACAGAGCGAAGUGGAUAUUCACGCCUCAGGCUCUUAAGGAAAAAUACAAGGAAGCUAAUAAACGAGCUAAGCAAGCGCUUGAGAAGUAUGGAGCUACACGGAUGGAAGUAGAUGUUGAUGGAUCUUUCUCUUAUGCUGAACCACAAACUGAUGCAAAGGCUAGUGCUGACAAGCAUUCACGUCCAAAAGCUCUCAAGAUAGAAGAAGAACAACUUUUGCGGGCCUUCUACGAGUUUAAAAUCCAAGAUGUUUGUGAUGCCCUCACGCUUCCACAUAAAAUUCAGGCCACAGCUCUAAUCUACUUCAAAAGGUUCUAUUUGCAAUGGUCCGUGAUGGAGCAUCAUCCAAAGAAUAUAAUGUUAACAUGCAUAUAUGCUGCUUGUAAGGCUGAGGAGAACCAUGUGUCAGCAGAGCAGCUUGGGAUAGGGAUCGAACAGGAUCAUCAUAUGAUUCUUGAUAAUGAAAUGCUCGUCCUUCAGAGUCUAGGAUUUGACCUCAUAGUCUAUUCACCAUAUCGACCACUUCAAGGCUUUAUCACUGAUAUGGAGGAGUUUGGUGAUGCAAAUGAGAGGCAGCCUGAGAUUAUGAAGAAUUUUCAUGAAUCUGCCAAAGCUGAAGUUGAUAGAAUUAUGCGUACAGAAGCUCCCCUUCUAUUCCCACCAGGGCAGCUAGCAUUGGCAGCUUUACGAAGAUCUUGUGAGUUGCAUAAAGCUAUCGACUUUGACAGGUACCUGAAAAAUGUGCACUAUCGGCAGCAUCCAGCUCAUGGCAUUUCAGAGCUCUAUCUUAACAUGAAUGCAAUUGAUGUGUUGAUUAAUAAGCUCGAGACCCCUACCUCGAAAGAUGUAAAGCACAUCGAUAGGAAACUUAAAUCAUGCUUGGAUCCAGCUUCACAUGAGAAGAGCAAGAAACGAAAGCACAGAUCAAAGGAGGGUUCGAGUGAAAUGCAUGUCAUGUAAGGAUGUUAACUUUUGAGGAUAGGCCUUGCACAUGUCUUUUCAAUUCUGGGAACUGUGGUCUUACCGACAACAGCUGAAGUCGAUACACAAUGCUAGCGUGAAGUCUAGAGUUGUAUUAAGGGAGGAGGGUAGUCCCAUUCAAGUAUGGGCAUUCUUCAAUUUUCUUGUCACCAAAUAUUGGCUAGCAUUCACAACUUUGCAUUGAGAAGAUGAACAUGUGAUUUCAGGUUAAAAAUAUUUGUUUUUGUGUACAUGUAAAAAAGGUGCAUGUAUUCCAUCAAUUUGAAUUGCUAUAGAAGUAUCAAACAGAGUUGAGCGCUUA